AAACUUAAGUCAAAAAUGAAGCUCCUGGAUGUAUCAUCUCCUAAAAGUUCAGCAGUCAGUUUGGAUCUUCUUAAUCUCUAUGUGGUUAACCAGAUAUCAACCAAGAAAGACAACACCGAGAACGUGAGGAAGCCAGUCCAUGUUGAUAUCAUUGAAGAUAGAAACAAGCCUGUCAGGAGACAUAACUUAGAGCUUCCUAUGUCACCCCUACGUACACAACAUAAGUCAAACUUAGAUCAUCUCCAGAGCAGGUUAAAAAAGCAAAUUUUGGACAGCAGAAGACAGCAUCUCUCAGAAAAAGUAAAAUACCAGCAUAAUCUGUCACAAGUAACGGCAUUAGAAAAUGUUGAUUCUAGUAUGGAAAAUGAAGACAACAUGGCAAGAGUUUUUAGUGCUUGUCCAUUGCCCUCCUCUGGUUUUCAGUUCUCUAACUGUACACAGCUUUCUGGAGAAAAUUUCAACACAAACAUUUGGGAACAGACCUAUGAAAACAAACUGCAAAACCAGCCAGGAAACAGCUUUGAUCAAGACCCUUGGAAUACAAAACCUCCAAGCCAGUUUAUUUUCAGGAAGUCUGAUGCAGUGCCUCAGGAACUGUUCAAGCCAUUUGAUAGGCCAGACCACAUGAAUUCUGCCAGGAAAAAUCCAGUGAUAAUAACCUGUAAUGAAUCAGAAAACUGUGAAGGAAUAAAAGAACCAAUAUUUGAUGUGAAAAAAACUGCAGAACUGAAAAGUCCCCAAUACGGAAGUGGUUGUUCCUUUCUGGCACUAUUUGAAGAUGAGUGUCAACCAAUACAUAAUAAUCCUUCCACAAAGCAUUUAAAUCCUUUUUCUAUCCAAAGCAAUACUGACAUUUUUUUCACUGUUCCUGACAUUAGAAAUCAAAUUACCAACAGAAAUUAUUCUUAUGACACUAGUAGGGCUUAUCCUGCAAUCAAUGCAAAAGAAAAUUCUGUAGACAGACACCUUGAAGGUAUUUUCACAGCUCCAGAACAGGUUUUCCUUAAGAGUAACAAUGUGUCAAGUACAAGCUACAGGGAAACCGGUGGAUUUCAUAAAACCCACCUGCAGAACUGCCAUGAGGGACAGCGCUACUUCAUACCCUGUGAAAUGAAAGAAAAAAGAGCAAACCUUGAAAAAAUUGAGACAUUUGCUUAUCACCAUGAUCAGCAGAAUAGCUUAAAGGAGAAUGUGCAGAAUUGUUCAAGAAAAAAAAGUGACAAAACGUCUGUGGAAGAAACAGCCUGGACUCAGAACCAUCUCUUUGUAUUUAAAGAGUUCACAACAGCACAAGAGAAAGGGUAUAAGUUUGGACUGAGUUCAUAUCUUCAUGAGAUGGAGAUGGGUCUGGAGACACCACUCAGCAACCAGUCUCACAGUUACUCUCCCAGGCAGACUGAGAGCUAUUUGAGCUCUAGUCCUGACACAUCUGAUGAAGAAGACACAGCCGAAAUGAAGGAAUAUCUGAAUGAACAAUCCUGGAAGGCAUACAAUGCCAACCUAUCCUCAGCCUCAGCAAGCAGAGAGGCCCCGCAGAGCUCUCACACCCGAAGUGUGGGUAUGCAGUCCAGCGGUACUUUGGCUAGAGAAGAAGCAAACAACCAUCAGGAGAAAGACUCUAUUUUUUGUCCCACAGAGCAGGAAAAUAAAACCCACACAGUCCUGUCUCAGGGCCCAUCACACCGCACCCUUAAGAGGGAGCACGCCACCCGCAACACCAGCUGCGAUGUUUGGUCGCAGACCGAGGGCUCUGCGACAGAAGUAGAGAAGGUGGAUGUGGGCACCCAGUGUGGCACCUUGAGGGUGUGCAGCUGUGGGGGAUCCCUCCCCGCAGCCCGCAGCCCAGGCCGGCUCCCUCCCCGCAGCACCGCCGGCACCGCGGGAGAGCACGAACGGCCAGCGCAGGAGGUGCCGCAGCCCGCGGGCACCGGCAGCGCGGCCGGCACAGACGCCUUCUGCUCUGAGGCCGAGUACCUGAGCUUGGCUGGCAGGAGGACCCUAGAGGUGCUGAGCUACAUUGAUAAAAUGAAGGAGAGAGAUAAGCAGUGA